CAAACCCUCUCGUUGCUUUUGCAACAGCCACCCACUCCCUUUUUCCCCCUCUGACUUCUUGCUUGCAAUCAUGGCAAAAUCAAAGAAGAUUGUUGCGGCCACUUCUGGCUCGCGCUCUCGCUCGUCGCGCGCCGGCCUCGCCUUCCCCGUCGGCCGCGUGCACCGUCUGCUUCGCAAGGGACACUUUGCCGACCGCAUUGGCUCCGGCUCGGCCGUGUAUCUCGCUGCCGUCCUCGAGUACCUGACUGCGGAGAUUCUCGAGCUUGCUGGCAACGCUGCUCGUGACAAUCGCAAGACUCGCAUCAACCCGCGUCACAUCCAGCUGGCGGUGCGCAACGACGAGGAAUUGAGCAAGCUCUUCACUGGCGUUGUCAUUCCGUCAGGCGGCACUCUGCCACACAUUUGGCCUGCGCUUAUUCCGAACGAAGCAAAGGACUCGUCCACCGCGUCCGCCUCGUUCAACGCGCCGGCCAAGUCUGCGACCGUGAAGGCCCUGGCUGCUGCUAAAUCAGCUGGCAAGAAGCCCGCUGCUGUCUCUUCCUCCUCGGCGGCUGCCUCGUCUUCGUCGUCGGCUUCGUCGUCGUCGUCCGUUGCGCCAAAGAAGCCUGUUCGCGGCUUUACGAUCCUGUCCAAGAAGACUCUCCACCUUGGCCAGACUCUGUAUGUUGUGAAUGGCGAUCUGACCGAGGUUCGCUGCGAUGCGGUCGUCCACCCGACCAACGGCACCAUGUCGUUCGCGGGCCAAGUCGGCGGUGCCAUCCGUGCCGCUGCUGGCGCUGGCGUCGAUGCCGAGGUGAACUCGUACAUGAGCGAGCACUCGCAGCUCCAGGUGACCAAGGCGGCCAUCACUUCCGGCCACAACCUGCCGUCCAAGUGGAUUGUUCACGUGCACAGCCCCAACUACAGCAAUGCUGCCACCGCCACGGACGCGCUGACCCAGACCAUUCGCAACGCCCUCACGCUUGCCGACACCAAGAGCAUCAAGACGAUUGCCUUCCCGUCGAUCGGCUCUGGCAACAACCACUUCCCCAAGCACAUUGCUGCCCAGACCAUUCUCCAGGCCAUCUCGGCGUACUUUAUGUCCAUCAUGUCGUCGUCGAUCAAGGAGGUCUAUUUCGUGCUGUUCGACCAGGAGAGCAUCAACGUGUACAACGCCGAGCUCAUCAACACGAACUGAAAGUGGAAUGACUGUGUCUUUUUUUGUCAGGGUUGAAUUGGUGCUCAAGAGUGAGAAAUGUGAAUUUGUUGUGGUUGUCGAUGAUGUUGGUGCACCGCCCAAUAGGAAAUCAUCAAAUGAAUUGAGCAAAAGCAAAAAAAAAUCAACACUUCCA